AUGAGAUUCGCAAUUUUCGUCAUCGCAUUAGUCCAUUUUGCGACUGCCAGUCAGAAUGCGGAGCCGUUGGCUGAAAAGAAGAACACGGGACCACUAACUGUUGAGACGCUUGACAACUACAUCGGAAUGCUCGGCAUUUUUAAAGAUAUGAUUCCGGCGGAAUUUGUGAAAACCGCGCAAAGUUUGAAUAUCACCCAAAAGCACGAAAUCAUUCGAUUCGUCACUGAUUGGUUUCAAGAGAAGAUCGCGAAGCCCGAAACGAAAGACGAUCUCGUCGAGCUCCUCAAGCAGCACCUUCCAUCGGUCUACCAGAAAAUCAAUAGUUGGAACGAGACAUUCUACACCAAAUAUGAGGCGUUGAAGCCGGAAACUCAAGCAUUUCUCGUUGAAUGGAAAGAGAAGGCGUUGCGUUUUAUGGAGUCGUCGAAUUCGACGACGGCGUCGUCGACCAGCGGCCUCUCGUUGAUCCGCGAUCUCGCCUCGAGUGUACAGAAUAUCGAUUCGGAGACCAAAGAAGAUUUGCGCAAGCAAUUCCCGACAAUUGUCAUUUUGACCGAAGGAUUUGGGUUCACCACAUUCACAACAAUCAUCAUGGUCCUUCAACAACUAACCGAAUCGCUGAAAGCGAGUUCUAUUCCGAAAAAUUUAAGUGAAUGCAAUAUUCCGUUAGAUAAAUAA